AGUACGACCAGCAGGAGCUACCGUCAGGAAAGUUAGCUAGCACACUGCUUUCUAUUUCCACCUUUAAAACGGCGACUCUAACUUAUUCUAACUGAAUGGCUAUAUGGAUGCAUCUUCAUUGCAAGUAGUUAGUGUAACUUAGGGGCUAGCGUUAGUAAACUCUGUGCAGUAGCUGUAAGUUGUCUCAAAGUAGAGACAUGCUAGGCUAGCAUAUGUCAACAUCCCAGGGCAGUUGGAGCUGCUAGGAGUUUGAGUUGUUAAGGAGAGCCUGCUCAGCUGUUUCAUUAUGAAGACCAAUAAGUCGUACAAGCUUGUGCUGCACAAGAAAGGUUUUGGUGGAAGUGAUGAUGAGUUGGUUGUCAACCCAAAAGUUUUCCCUCAAGUCAGUCUGAGGGAUAUAAUCGAGAUCGCACACCCCACAGAUGAAUACAGUCCUCUCCUGCUGCAAGUGAAGAGCCUAAAAGAGGACCUUCAGAAAGAGACGAUCAGUGUGGACCAGACUGUAGCUCAAGCCUUCAAGUUGCGUGCCUACCAGGAUGUCAUUGUCAACAUUGUCGACCCAAAGGAUGUAACACUUGACCUGGUGGAGCUGACCUUCAAGGAUCAGUACAUCGGCAGAGGGGACAUGUGGAGACUAAAGAAAAGUCUGGUGAGCACCUGUGCUUAUGUGACACAGAAAGUGGAGUUUGCAGGAAUCAGGGCCCAGGCCAGUGAAUUGUGGGUGAAAGGAGAGAAAGUGACCUGUGGGUACAUCAGUGAAGACACCAGGGUGGUGUUCAGAUCCACAUCUGCAAUGGUGUACAUCUUUAUCCAGAUGAGUUGUGAGAUGUGGGACUUUGACAUCUAUGGGGAUCUCUACUUUGAGAAGGCUGUAAAUGGUUUCCUGUCUGACCUUUUCGCCAAGUGGAAGGAGAAGAACUGCAGUCAUGAAGUGACAGUUGUACUUUUCUCACGUACAUUCUACAAUGCCAAAUCUAUCGAUGAAUUUCCUGAGAUUCUGAGAGGGUCCAUCAGACAGGAUCACGAGGGACGUUUUUAUGAAGACUUUUACAGGGUUGUUGCUCAGAAUGAGAGACGGGAUGAGUGGACAUCACUACUGGUCACUAUCAAGAAGCUCUUCAUUCAGUAUCCUGUCCUGGUGCGGCUCAAGGAAGCAGAUGGUUUUCCUGUUGGUAACAACUCAACUGCUGCUCAAGGAAACUACCUGGAGGCCAUUAACCUUUCCUUCAAUGUGUUUGACAAGCACUACAUCAACCGAAACUUUGACCGCACAGGCCAGAUGUCAGUGGUCAUCACACCCGGGGUGGGAGUGUUUGAAGUUGACCGCCUACUUAUGAUUCUCACUAAACAGCGUAUGAUUGACAACGGUAUUGGGGUAGACUUGGUGUGUAUGGGGGAGCAGCCACUGCAUGCAGUACCAUUAUUUAAGUUGCACAACAGGACAACACCUGGAGACUCUCGUGUUGGAGACGACUAUAACCUUCCUCACUGGAUCAACCACAGCUUCUACACCUCCAAAAGUCAGAACUCAUGUAGCUCCUUCACCCCUCGAAUCAAACUGGCUGGUCGCAAGCUUCAUGCUGAGAAAUUUAAGAGCAGCAAGGACCACACUCUCUGUGCUCCAAAAGACUCUGAAAACAGCCUGCCAAUUCAGGUGGACUACGACGCCUAUGAUGCUCAGGUGUUCAGACUGCCUGGUCCUUCACGAAUUCAGAGGAGUACCAACUUCAGGAUGGGUCGAGACAAAGAGACGAGUGGGAGGAAGAGCUGGGGCUCAGUGGACGUCAGUGCAGGCAUAGGCGCGUCCCCUCCUAUUCGCUCCGGAGGUCCGGACGAACAGCGUAGCCUGGCCUCUGAUGAUAGUCUGGGCCCUGUGUCCAACAUGCUGCUUAUACCUCGCAUGCCUCCUGCCCAGUAUGAAGUCAGCAGCUCCCUGGGAUACACCAGCACCAGAGAGUUGUUGGAGAAGAUGAUGGACUCUCAGCGGGACUCCAGUGCCCCGGGCAGGUUCACAGUGGGAAGUGCUGAAUCCACCCUGCACAUCCGUCCAGGAGGUUACACCCCACAGAGAGCACUCAUAAACCCCUUCACCCCAUCCAGAAUGCCCAUGAAGCUCACUUCCAACCGACGGCGGUGGAUGCACACCUUUCCUGUUGGUCCUUCUGGAGAAGCAAUCCAGAUCCAUCACCAGACCAGACAGAACAUGGCUGAACUGCAGGGCAGCCAGCAGAGAGAUCCUGCACACACCUCCGCUGAGCUGCUGGAGCUGGCCUAUCAUGAGGCCACCGGAAGGCGAACUACCUCCAGACAUGCAGGGGAGAACGGCGUUUGCAUUGGUGGAGGGAUGGAAGAGUUUACAGGGAGUCCAGGGAGCAACUACAGUGGAACUCUAACCAACCGUGGCUCCACAUUUGAAGACCUUUCCCUCAGUGGUUCAGAUCCAAGCCCCUCAGGAAUCACCAGCAGGGGCGACAAGGCCAGUAAAAUGCCCAGCUUCUGCUGCACAGUGGGGGUAGACUGGAAGUCUCUGACCACACCGGCCUGCCUGCCCCUCACCACCGACUACUUCCCCGACCGCCAGACGCUACAGAACGACUACACUGAAGGAUGCUAUGACCUGCUGCCACACAGCGACCUGGAGAGGCGAGAAGAUGAAGCUCCGGUGAUGAGUGCGUCUCAGGUGUUUGAGGAGUUUAUCUGUCAGAGGUUGAUGCAAGGCUACCAGAUCAUAGUUCAGCCCAAUAACAGGAAGCCACAGCCCGCUGUGGCCACUCCACUCGGCAGCAGUCCUCUUUACUCCAGAGGUUUGGUGUCACUGCGUCGAGCUGAGGAGGAGGAGACAGUUUACUGGCUCAGUAUGGGCCGGACCUUCCAUAAAGUUUGCCUCAAAGACAAGAUCAUCACUGUCACUCGCUACCUGCCAAAGUACCCGUAUGAGUCGGCACAGAUCCAGUACAGCUACAGUCUGUGUCCUCCACACUCUGAUGCUCAGUUUGUGUCCUGCUGGGUGGAGUUUGGCCAUGAGAGGCUGGAGGAAUACAAGUGGAACUACCUGGACCAGUACAUCUGCUCUGCUGGCUCUGAGGACUUCAGUUUGAUCGACUCUCUGAAGUUCUGGAGGACCCGCUUCCUCCUGCUGCCAGCCGGAGGAGCUCGGCGGGUGGCAGAUGGGGAGGGGCACUGGGAUGUGUAUGGGGAGGGAGCAGGUGCUGGGAUGGGUGGCAGCGGGGACUGGGUCCUGCUGGAUGGCUUCAUUCGCUUCCUGGAGGGUCUCAACCGCAUUCGACGACGCCAUCGUUCUGAUAGGAUCAUCAGGCAGAAGGGCACACCGAUGAAAGGACUGCAGGUCACCAGUCCUCUCCCUCCGUAUCCCACCGAGCCAGUGGUGCCCCCACAGGGCAAGAAAGGCACAUCAGCUUUAUCAGCUUUACUUGAGAUGGAGCAGAACCAGAAAACACUGGAAGAACAGCAGCAGCAGCAGCAGGCAAAGCCCUCAACAGCCAUCAGUGACCCUGCAAGUGUUGCCACCGCUCCCACAUAUGUAGACAGUCCCCGCAAGGAUGCUGCCUUUAUUUUGGAUUUUAUACGUAGCCCUCGCUCCUCCUACAUCUAUCACUCUCAGUUGCCUGGCGAGGCCAGUGAGGCUGCAGAUAAAGGAGUCCAGCCAGCAGUGACAGCUGGAGCAGCAGCACAGCCUGCAGUAGAGACUGCAGCCAGCAGCAGCACCUCAGACACCAGUGGGCAGUGUGCAGCGGGAGCCCUUUCUCUGUCCUCUUCCUCAACACUCUUGGAGAUCCUGGAGGCCAUCAAACAUCCCACGACAGGUGUACAACUGCUCCCGGAGCAGAAAGGCCUACCACUCAACUGUUUUAUAAGUGCAGAGGUCGUUCAUUGGCUGGUCAACAAUGUGGAGGGCGUGGCCACACAGGGGAUGGCUGUGGAUGUCAUGCAAAAAAUGCUGGAUGAAGGUUUGGUGGCCCACGCUUCCGGAGAUGCCAUGCGCACCUUCGUCUACGGAUUCUACUUCUACAGGAUAGUAGGAGAGAAGGAUGGCCAGACCUCCCAGCUUCCCACCACAGCGGCUGGAGGCUGGUCUCCUGCAGCCCUGGAGGACUUUGCUCUGUUCCAGAGGAAGUGGUUUGAGGUGGCCUUUGUGCUGGAGGAGCGGAGACCUUGCGACCUCCCAGCGUUCCUCCUGCCUUGGCUGCCCAGCCGGCCAGCCUCCUACGCAAGUAGGCACAGCUCCUUCAGCCGCAGCUUUGGGGGACGCAGCCAGGCCGCGGCACUGCUAGCGGCUACAGUCCCAGAGCAGAAGACCGUCACUUUGGAUGUGGACGUUAACAACCGCAGUGACCGAACCGAGUGGUGCAGCUGUUAUUACCACGGAAACUUCUCCCUUAACUCUGCCUUUGAGAUCAAGCUGCACUGGAUGGCUGUGACUGCUGCAGUGCUCUUUGAGAUGGUUCAAGGGUGGCACCGGAAAGCAGCAUCCUGCGGCUUCUUGCUGGUCCCUGUGCUGGAGGUUCCUUUUGCGCUGACCUCGUACCUGUAUGGAGAUCCACUGAGAGCCCAGCUCUUCAUUCCUCUGAACAUCCACUGUCUGCUGAAGAACAGCAGCGACAACCUUUUUGAAGGUUUUGAACCAGAGACGUACUGGGACAGGAUGCAACUCUUUCAGGAAGCUAUACUCUACAGAUUCGGCUUUGUGCAUGACAAGUUUUCUGCUUCAGCUUUUAAUUUCCCCUCUGAGAACAAGCCCCAGUACAUCCACGUUACAGGCACCGUGUUCCUGCAGCUGCCAUACUCCAAAAGGAAGUACUCAAGCGGGCAGCAGCGCAGACGCAGAAACUCCACCACCUCCAACAGCCAGGGGCCUUUCGGUGGCGAGGAGCGGGUCGGAUACUACUGGGCCUACAACACCAUGCUGACCAAGGCCUGGAGGACAGGCGUGCUGGGGGACGAGAGGCUCGCCGAUCGGCUGCUCAGGGACUUCACAGACUUCUGUGCCAACAAGGACAACAGACUGCUCAACCUGUGGGACAGCUGCCAGGAGAAAAUGAAUGCCAGCGCUCCCUGACAGGAGAGAUGAGUGCAGGAAAACAAAAUGUAGACGGAAACUGUUUUUACUCUUUAUUUAUCCAGCUACGUGUUGGACUCAGAGUUCCACACUGUUGUUGCUGUUCAGGGGCAAACAGGUGACUUUGACAGGUCUGCUGCUCCAACUGACCCGAUAAGAAUGUUCUCUUUGGAUGUUAACAGUAUUAAAUGCUUGGUCUCUGCAUUUUAAAAAUCAAGCCUUAAUGUUGUGUUUCAUUGAUUUUGUUUAUUUACACAAUAUAAAUAAUACGUAUAUUCAUUUUAAACUUUUGUUUUUGGACCAGUGAAACAAGGAACUCUGCCUGUCUGUUAAGCACCAGACAGUUUUAGAAUUCCACUGGUUUUCAUGUCACAUCCACCUGACACCCUCCAACUGUUGAAGUUUUAUGUUGCAUCCAAUAAGCAACCACUUCCUGUCAUCUUCAGUUUAGUCACAAGCAGUGUUAUAAUGGGACAGGACAGAUCUGUAGCUGAAUCAUCUGAGUAGGCUGUUUUUUUUUUUAAGUAUCAUCCACAAAGCACUGUUCACUUGUCUUGUUAACACAGGCAGGGGGUGUCUGUUCAUCUGUGUCAUUUUCUGACCUGAAACCAUUGGCGGCACCAAGAGGCGGCCCCCCUUAAAGAUCUGACUGAGAAGCUGAGGACACCAUCGGCAGACACCCUGUUUCUAAUUAAUUAAAAAUAAAAAAUUACUUAAAAUAAUUAUGCGUCACUUUAAGCUUU